GCGACCAGUUCCACCCCCGCUCUUCUCUUAACUCAAGUCGCACCGGAAGCGAGACAGCCUCUUCUCUCUUUCUCUCCCGCCCGUCGAUUCUGUCUCGGACCGCGCGGAGGUGGUUCCUCGGAUCGGAAUUGCGCUGACCGAUCACUCCGAUCAGUAGAAUACGAGCGGCCGCGCGUCGAUCGUCGUCGAGAGUAUCGCGUGGUUCUCGCGGGAAGUCUUCGUUUUCUGCACGACGUUCCGCGUUUUUUACUUUUUGAAAUGACAUCGAGAACUCUUCGUCUGAAGUGGACCGCCUACCUGGCACUCAUUCUGGUGUGCCAGACGGUGCGACCGAUCGAAGGAUAUCCUCGCGCUUCCUCGGAAGUGUCGGAGGAGUCGCCGGACGCCGGAAGUUCCUCGUCGCAGGACGCGUUGUCGAUUUCAAGAGUGAUCGAAAAGGCGUACGAGCAACAGGUGUUUCUGCGACCGCAAGAAUGGCCGCAGAAGAUCAACGACGAAGACAACAAUUGUUGUUCACAAAGGAUCGAACAGACGCAGAGGAGCACUUCGAAGGAGAAGUUUUCGAGCGAUGGGGUGAUUCAAAGUAGAUCAAAAAGAUCAUUGCAAGAUUCGAGCACUAACAUGUCGAUGUACAGAAGUCCGGACAUGCCGCACAGGGACGCGGGUACGUCAAUGCACAGGAAUUCCGAGGAGAAAAUUAUUUUUCCGGACGGUAGGAUUUCGACGGAAACAUCGAUGCUGCCGACAUUGAUCUGCCGGAAAAGUACGUUCUGCGAGAACGUCGCCGACUAUCCCAGGCAACUGGUGAACACAGCAAUACAGCGGAACGCCAGUUUGAGAUUCCUGGAGAGUGUCGAUACUGUCGAUUCGAUGUCUGACGUCGGCGACGUGGAACAGAGGAUAGACACGAUGUCGCGCGAAUCAGUGCUUUGCCCAAUUCGCGAACAAGUAGUAUACCCGCAAACAGCGCAGAACAAGGAAAAUCAAUGGUUGUUCAUCGUGAACCAGGAUGACUUGAAGCAAGGAAUACGCAUCGAAGUUUGUUUGAACGAAGGCCAGAAGUGCAACAUGGUUGAAGGCUUCGCCGAGGGCUACACGACCUCCUGCAAACAGAAAUAUAUCUAUCGAGAAUUGGCAGCGGUGGGAAGCGAUGGUAACAUCUUCAAGGAUCAAUUCCGCUUUCCGUCGAGCUGCUGUUGUCACGUGAAGUUCACUGGCGAUCUUACAUCCAGGCUGGGACUAAGACUAAACUUGUCAGUCAAUCGAACACAAUAAAGUAGAUCAAGUUUUCACAUCAAUGAUACUCCAAUAGGAAAGCUAGGACGAGCGAAGAGAAAAUAUAAUAGAGUGACUCUUUCAGUCUCAUUCGUGUCUACGCAGACGUUCGGUACGUCGCACGUUCACAGAUAAGAUGCUUAGGAUGACUCUGUCAUAUCAACUCUGAUGCUAUUACACCAAGCAGCUUGUUGUUAACUGUUAACAGUAAAAUUAUGGGGCGAUAAUUUUUGUAAUAAAUUCUCUAUAGUGGUUUAAGAUGCUCAUUAGCAUAGUAUUGUUAAAUUGCUUGUCAAUUUAUAAUUUGUGAUAUUACAUACUCCAGUUUCAGUUCAGAACUAUGUUUCAAGAUCGACAAAUAACACCAGUUUACAAAUUUUGAAUACUUUUUACUGCAAAAAAGACCUAACUUUUUUUAAUGUAUUUUGGGACGCUGAGUUCGAAUAUGCCAUCAGAAAAAUUCCAUC